AUGGCGCACGGCAUCCUUCACAUUGUGCGCAAGGUGCGCACCUUCAGCUUCACGGCGAGUUGCCGCAGUCACCCGUUUGCUUGGUACGCGGGCCUCUGCUGCGUGCUGUUCAGCUGGGCCAACUACGCCCAGUACAAGCGACUCGCGCCAAUGUUUCCCAAGUAUGAGCGGUACCUAACGGAGGAAGGUGGCCGCAUGCUGGAGGCGAAGCGGCAGGAGCUUGCGGAGGUGAGCCGGUACAACAACAUGGUGGAUACAAUGCGGAGGGACCUCGCUGGCAAGUGA